AUUGCCCAAGUAAGAGCAAACGUUCACCCCUCCUCUCUCUCUAGAUCGUUUCAGAAGAAUCCACAACUAUCUAGAUUCUCUUCAGAAAAAAAAAAAUCGCAACCAGAAACUUCUGGAGCUUUCCAUGCCCACUCCCAAUCCAUCCCAUCUGAUCUCCUCCCAUAAAUAUCUCAACCCCCACAAUCAUCUCUCUCACGCAUAACAUAAGCAACAGUCGAAUCCCACACAGAAGGAAAUCUCACAAUUCGUCAUCGAAUCUUUCUCAGAUUGCAAUCGGAAAACCGCUAGCGUCGGACGAUACAAUGGAAACACCGUUCUUCAGAAACUUCAGGGGAGUACCGGUAGAACCGGCUCAGCGCAAGCCCAAGGUCGUCUCGAUCCCGGUCCACUUCGUCAACUCGGAAAAGAAACCCACUACCAGAUCCUCGUCCGCCGUCAAGAUCCAGAAGGUCUUCAGGGGCUUCCUCGUCCGAAAGAGCGUGAACAAGAUUGCCUCGAUACGACGCGAAGUCGAGGGGAUCGAACGGAGGAUUUUGCGAAACGACGCCGUCGAGUUGAUUCGGAGGGAGAACAAGGAGCGGUUGAGGUUGAAUGAGACGUUAAUGGCUUUGCUGUUCAAGUUGGAUUCGGUUCGAGGUGUUGAUAGCGGAGUUAGGGAGUUGAGGAAGGCGGUGAUUAGGAAGGCGAUCGCGUUGCAGGAGAGAGUUGACGCCAUUGCCGCCGGAGAUAAAACCCUGGAAGAAAGUCAAGAUUUGGUUGAGUGUCAGAACGUGGAAAGUGAAGGUAAUUUGGUGGAUCGAACUCCUUCACUAGGAGUGGGAGAACCAGAUGAUAACGAAGAAGCUGAUGUUGUAAAUAGCCGUGAUUUAUCGAGGGGAACUGGUGAUGAAAGCGGAGAGGUGCAUUGUUCCGAUGAAGAAGAGGCGAUUUCCGAAACUAUGGACGAUCGGAAAAUGGAUAUUGAUUUGGUUGAUCCUAGUCAUGCACCUGGAAUCGAACAGUCGGUUGAAAAUUUUGGUGAAUCUGAUCAUUCUGCGAAUCAAGCGCCUUCACUUGAGGUUGGAGAAACAGAUGGUAAAGAAGAAGCUGAUGGAUUAAAUGACGGUGAUUUCACGGGGAAAACGGUUGAUGAAAGCGGAGAGGUUCAUUGUCCUGGUGAAGCAGAGGCGAUUUUCGAAACUAUGGAUGAUUUUCGAAGCGGAGUGGGUUCCGAGGCGAAGGAGGAUGAAGAAGGUUGUAUAGUGAAGCAAGUUGUCGAAGAUCAAUUGCCGACAAGUGAACUUGUGGAAGAACGCGAGGAAACAGAUUCUCAUGCUUCUAAUGGAAUUGUUGAUAAGGAUAGCGUAAGGGGUGAGGGAGACGGUCGGACUCGCGACACGGAGCUUUUGGAGAGGAUGAUGGAGGAGAACAAGAAGAUGAUGAGUCUGAUGACGCAGCUGUACGAGAAGAACGAGGCGCAGACUCGGAUGCUGAGCUCGUUGAGUCAGCGAGUCGAACAAUUGGAGAGGGCUUUGAUUUGCGAGAGGCUGAGGAAGAAGAAGAAGAUGCAUGCGGCUGGAACGGUGGAUUGUUCGGAGUCGAUCCCAGAUCAAAAGAAAUGCGGAAAGAGAUGAUGAUGUUUUGUCCAAAUUACCAGCUCUGGAGCAUUGUUGACUGUAAAGAGUUUUGGGUUUUGGAUUAAUUAGUGUCUUUGAUGUGUUUUUGGUUUUGGGUAGCUGCUGAAACCGAACGAAAGUCGAUAGGUUUGUGUUUUUCCUCUAUAAUUCAGUUGUGUUUUCAUGAUUGGAAGAAUUUUUGAAAAAGAUGAUUGCAAACUCCUUGUGAUAAUGCCUCUUUGACUGUAAAGAAUCAGGUUUUUGGAGUACUGGUGUUUAUUAAGAGAUCUUUGAUGCUUGAGUA